GCGUCAUUCACUCAGUGGACUGACUGACUUGCGGACACACGGACACGAGCAACUGAAAGUUAAAGUCAAGAUGGCAAGUAAACUCCUGCUGAGAGCAUGCAGAGUGACUCUGAUGGGGAGACAGAAUAUUUUAAUGAAAGCACCUGUGCGUGCCAUGGCCGGAAAAGGUAUUCCAACAGAUGAUGAGCAGGCUGCAGGUUUAGAGCGACGCAUCCUGCAGGCGUUGAAAAAGGGCCAGGAUCCAUACAGCAUACUCAAGCCAAAGGAGUACACUGGAAAUAAAGACGACCCUCAUAUUGUUCCAAGCAUCAAUAACAAACGGCUGGUUGGCUGCCUCUGUGAGGAGGACAACACCGCUAUCGUUUGGUUCUGGUUGCAUGAGGGAAACCCGCAGCGCUGCCCGUCCUGCGGCUCGCAUUAUAAACUGGUUCAUCACGAGCUGCCACACUAAACCGAAAUUCACCUGCUGAACCAUUCACAAAUAAUCCACAGCAGAAACCUUCUGAGCCUCAGUGCCAAUACCAAAUAUGUACAGAAUUCACGAAUAAAACUAUUUCAAACUUUUAA